AUCUACUAGGUCAAAUCACACAGUUAAGCCGCGACGCUACUAAGCGUUUUCGACAUUCUCACAAUGGCGAGGUAGUGGAAAGAAUGGGUUGGCUACGCGUCUCGGGGCGAAGAAGAAACCAUACAUUUAGUUGAAGGUCGUUUAUUGAUAGCGACGGAAUGCUUGCUGAUUAGAAGGGCCACAUGAAGAGAGGAGUGUAUGUUCAGGUGGUGGGUUUAUGGAGACUGCUACGUAUGCAGCAGCCAGCUUACAACGGGAGCAAAAGCGGGUUGGAGGAGAAAGAGGCUUCCUACCAUGAGAGCGAGUUAACCCCGUUUUUAUGAGGAGGGAGAAACAAUUUAACCGAUAUUGCUUUACAAAGACGCUGUGUUGGCAACAGCGAGAAUAGGCUACGAGGCAAAUCAGAGUUGGGUCAAGUUUUGGGGAAUGGCAGGUCGAAGCCGAAGAGCAUGGUUUAGUGUUCUGUUGGGGCUGGUUGUCGGGUUCACCCUGGCUUCCAGACUCAUAUUGCCGAAGGCUACGGAGUUGAAGAAAUCCGGUCAGAAACGCAAGGCGAACCCAGCCGGUUGCGGGUUGAACGGGGGUUUGAGGGGAGAAUACGGUGGGGUAUUGUGGCCCCCGCAAGAUAACGGAUUUUCGGCGACGGAGAAGCCAGUUCCGAGGUCCAACAAUUUCCUUUACGUCGGCGUCAUGACCGCCCAGAAGUACCUGAAUAACCGCGCCAUCGCGGCACAUAGAACGUGGGCUCAGACCAUCCCGGGCCAUGUGGAGUUCUUCUCCAGCGAGGGCUCGGACACCACCAUCCCCAUCCCCAUCGUGGCGCUGCGCAACGUGGACGACUCGUACCCGCCGCAGAAGAAGUCCUUCAUGAUGCUCAAGUACAUGCACGACCACUACCUGGACCAAUACGAGUGGUUCAUGCGGGCCGACGAUGAUGUGUACAUCAAGAGCGAGCGUCUGGAGAGCUUCCUGCGCUCUCUCAACAGCAGCGAGGCCCUCUUCCUGGGCCAGACGGGCAUGGGCGCCCGCGACGAGCUGGGCAAGCUGGCGCUGGAGCCCGGCGAGAACUUCUGCAUGGGCGGCCCCGGCGUGAUCAUGAGCCGCGAGGUGCUGCGCCGGAUGGUGCCCCACAUCGGCCAGUGUCUGCAGGAGAUGUACACCACGCACGAGGACGUUGAGGUGGGCCGCUGUGUGCGGAGGUUUGCCGGCGUGCAGUGCGUCUGGUCCUACGAGAUGCAGCAGCUGUUCUACGAGAACUACGAGCCCAACAAGAAGGGAUACAUCCGUGACCUCCACAACAGCAAGAUCCACCGGGCCAUCACCCUGCACCCCAACAAGAACCCGUCCUACCAGUACCGCCUGCACAGCUACAUGCUCAGCCGCAAGAUCGCCCAGCUGCGCCACCGCACCGUCCAGCUCCACCGCGAGAUAGUCCAGAUGGGACGCUACGGGGCCGCCGAGCCCAGCCGAGAGGACCUGCAGCUGGGCAUGCCUCCAUCCUUCAUGAGGUUCCACCCUCGGCUCCGCGAGGAGGUCCUGGAGUGGGAGUUCCUGACGGGCAAGUACCUGUUCUCCUCGUCUGACGGUCAACCCCCUCGCCGGGGAAUGGACUCCUCCCAGCAUCUGGCCCUGGACGACAUCAUCAUGCAGGUGAUGGAGAUGAUUAACGCCAACGCCAAGACGCGGGGACGGGUGAUUGACUUCAAGGAAAUCCAAUACGGCUACCGGCGGGUCAACCCCAUGUAUGGGGCAGAGUACGUGCUUGACCUGUUGCUCCUCUACAAGAAGCACAAAGGGAAGACCAUGACGGUGCCGGUGAGGAGACAUGCCUACCUCCAGCAGACCUUUAGCCAGAUCCAGUUCAGAGAGGAUGAGGAGAUGGACGCCAGGGCGCUCGCCAGCAGCAUCAACCAGGACUCUGACUCCCUGUCCUUCCUCUCCAACUCCCUCAAGAUGUUCGUGCCCUUCAAGCUGUCCAGCUCUAGCCAGGACCAGAAGGAGCCCAAGGAGGCCAAGGUCAACAUACUGGUGCCGCUAUCCGGACGCUACGACAUCUUUGUCCGCUUUAUGUCCAACUUAGAGCGGGUGUGCCUGAUCCCCAACCAGAACGUCAAGCUGCUCAUCCUCCUCUUCAGCACCGACAACAACACAGAGCGGGUCAAGCAGGUGGAGCUGAUGAGGGAGUACCACAUCAAGUACCCCCGGGCCGAGAUGGAGAUCCAGCCCGUGUCGGGCUCCUUCUCCCGGGCCCUGGCUCUGGAGGUGGGCUCGGCCCACUUCUCCAACGACUCGCUGCUCUUCUACUGCGACGUGGACCUGCUCUUCACCACCGACUUCCUCAAGAGGUGCAGGGGUAACACAGUCCUGGGGGAGCAGACCUACUUCCCCAUCAUCUUCAGCCAGUACGACCCCAAGGUGGUAUACGCCGGCAAGGUGCCCAGUGAGAACCACUAUGUGUUCACCGCCAAGACGGGUCUGUGGCGCCACUACGGCUUUGGCAUCGUCUGCGUCUACAAGGGCGACCUGGUCGGGGCCGGGGGAUUUGACACCUCCAUCCAAGGAUGGGGCUUGGAGGACGUGGACCUCUUUAACAAAUUUGUCCAAUCAGGGAUCCGGUUGUUCCGGAGCACGGACCCGGGGAUCGUACACGUUCACCAUCCAGUAGUGUGCGACCCCAACCUGGAGGCCAACCAAUACAAGAUGUGCCUGGGCUCCAAAGCCUCGUCGCACGGCUCGACACAGCAGCUGGCUGAACUGUGGCUCGAGAAGAACGACCACGGCUUCCGGAAGCUCGGGAGCUCAAAUAACGAAUCGCUCAGGACAGCGUGAGAAAGCACUCCGGCCAGGACUGAACAAAAACCAGUAUGUGGGGUCCCCCAGGCCUGGGUGUCUUUCCCUCUUCUGACUUGUCUUAGCGGCAUUUUUAACUACCUAAUUUAUUUUUUACAGAAACAAAAAAUACUUACAUGGAUAUAUUUUGGAAAUAUGCUUUUUUAAGAAAAAAACAACAACACGUGAACAUUGAACUGACUGAGACAAACGUGACUCUAAAAUAUGUUUUAAUUAAUGCUGAAAAAUAAAGAAUAUCGAUGAUGAAUAUUCCUUUGGAUGAGCCUACCGUAACUCUGGUAACAAGAAGGAAGUGCUCUGAUGUCUUAUUCUACCAGUCUAAUAAUAAAGACCAUUCUGUGUUAUUUGGACAGUAACCUCGUCCCCAGGUUAUUGCACAUAUAAACCUGGGAUAUCAACAAUUCAAAGUUUGCCUUAGUGGGAGUGACCAUAGAAUUCUAUGGCAGUGACCUACUGAGUAAAGUACCUGUCGUCAUUUAAUUUUAGCGAAUCACACGACUGUGAGGCGUGUUGUGGGAGAUGAUUGGUUGGUAGAUUAAACCAAUGCGCCGGGAGUUUCUCACGGUCUUCCUGUAUUGGCUAAUGAAGGCCAAGUUUGACGCGUUGGUUCACCAGACUCUUGGCAUUUGAGAGUAUUGGGCAAAUGGUGCAACGUUUGUCUUGUGUGUGGAGAAGAUGGACAUUGUGGUCUUCACAGACCAGCAGUGCUCUAAACGUAACUGGACUCUUGAUUGUGAAUGUUUACAGGAGGUUGAUACGAACAAACAUUUCAUUAUUGAAAAAGGUUGACUUAGAUGAAAGCAAUUUUAAUUAUGACUAAGGGCCAUUUUUUGAUUCCUUUUGAUUUGUUUAUAAUACAGAAUAACACUGUUUUGUUUUUUUCAUUGAUUUAGAUUUUCUUUUUUAUUUACUUCUGUGAACACAACUGCUGGAUUUAAUAUCUGCAAUUCAUCUUCCGCUGUCUAAUUUAUUGAAUUUGCAGUCUCCAUUCUCUGUUACCUGACUGUUGGAAUAUGUAUAUUAGAAAAAUUGUAUACCCAUCUCAGUUGUUGGAUAGUGUUGUGUUUCCAUUUUCUUUUUCUUUCCCUCUCUCAAACUCAUCUGAUUACCAAAGAGUUUUUGCACAGUGUGUUUUAGGUGUUGUGUGUGUCAUGUUGUUUUCUAGGAGGUGCAGGCACAAACAUGACAUGUACCGUAGAUUACGAGGUAUAGUGAGUGAGUGAGGGAGCACCGUCCUGGGCCCAGCUCUCUGCUAGCUCUCAUGAGGAAUCUAAGGCCUGUUUCGAACCAGUCAUUCAGAUUUAGGAACAAAGGAAGGGGAGGGGCAUGGGAAUGCUGUGCUCCUUCAUAGAACUGGAAUUAAUUCUAAAUCAUUUUAGGACUCUUGGAUUGAAUUCUAGAACCUUCUCAGCACCCAUUGGUAGCAUGAAUUAGAAUAGAAAUCAGAUUUUAUACUGAACAAAAAUAUAAACACAACAUGCAACAAUUUCCAAGAUUCUACUGAGUUACGGUUCAUAUGAAGAAAUCAGUCUUACAUAAAUUCAUUAUGCCCUAAUCUAUGAAUUUCACAUGACUGGGAAUACAGAUAUGUUGGUCAUAGAUACCUUAAAAGAAAUGG